UGACCCGUGAAGCGUCAGAAGUUUGCGCGUGACGUCAUCUGUCUUUGUCCAGCUGCAGCUUCAGCUAACGAUGCAGAAAUGAAUCCCGAGUAACACACAAUGGUGUCUUAGUGAGAUUUUAGACAGCGAUUGCGUACAAACUCUGCAGCGUGUGUGAAGAUGUGCGAUUUAAGCUCGGCGCUUAUUAAAGAGGGCUGGUACCUUACAGAUGAAGGAAUCGAGGAGUGUAAAAGUUCUUCAGAGAAGGAGAAAACAUCACCCACUGACAUCAUACAAGUAGCACUAAACAAUGAUCUGAGACCCAUCGGGAAGAGCUUUCUCCCAGCGGACAUCAACAGCGGACGGAUAGAAAAGUUGGAGGGUCCGUGUGUCCUGCAGGUGCAGAAGAUUCGUAAUGUCGCCGCAUCUAAAGACCACGAGGAGUCGCAGGCGGCACCCAGAAUGCUGCGGGUGCAGAUGACAGACGGACACACCGCAUGCACAGGCCUGGAGUUCAAACAACUGUCCAAAAUCAGUUUAAACACGCCACCUGGAACCAAAGUGAAGCUCCUGGGGGUGGUUCAGGUGAAAAAUGGCAUCCUGCUAUUGGACGAUUCCAAGAUCGCCGUUCUUGGAGGGGAAGUGGAUCACAUGAUCGAGAAAUGGGAGUUUCAGAGGAGCCUCGCCAAACACAGCCGGAGAAACAUUGGAGCUGAAGGUGGACCUCCUCCGUUCGUUCCCUUCGGACAGAAAUGUGUUCAUAAGGAGCAGGUGGACAGCAGAGCUCUGGAUCAGAGGAAGACGCUUCAGAGCACGAACGCCGUCAAAUCAGCAGACGACAACGAUGAGUUUGAGAAACAGAGAACCGCUGCUAUUGCUGAGGUGGCCAAGAGUAAAGAGACGCGUACGUUCGGUGGGGGAGGAAAUGCAGGAGGAAACCUCGCAAAUCCAGGAUCAUCUUUCAAGAGCCGGGACACGUAUCAAAGAAAGAGAGAGGAGAGAGAAAAACCCUGGACGGAAAACAAGUCAGACGGAGUUUACAGAGAUCUGGUUGAUGAGCGAGCUUUGAGGGACAUCAUGGAGAUGGGCUUUAACCGAGAGGCGGCCAGACAGGCUCUGCUAGAUAACAAUAAUAACCUUGAAGUGGCCCUUAACCUCCUGCUAACCAGAGCAAACCAGCCCAGAGCAGCCCCAGUGGAGCAGAGCCGCCCGCCGCCCCGAGGAAAGGGUCGAGGAAAGGGACGCUCCAGACAAGAUGAGGAUGAGGAAGCUGGAGGAAGACCGUCUGGACCCAGCACUCUGUUUGACUUCCUGGAGUCCAAAAUGGGGACGUUCUCCAUUGACGACUCAAAGCCUUCACAACAAGACCACCAAACCAAGAUGAACUUCUCUAACUCUGAUCAAAUGUCCAGAGAUGCAGGACAGUUUAAACCUCCUCCCCGAAACGAUGGAAGAUCACAGAGAAACGACAGACCUCCACGUUUCCAGAAAGACGGAGACUUUCCCAAACCCACCCCAGCCUCGUCCAGCUUCUCCCAGCCGCAGAAAUGGAGGGACGGAGAGCGAACGGGACGAGGAGGAGGACCAGAGCGAUGGAAAAACGAGAGUCAGGAUGCUAGAAAUGCACCGUUAUCAUACAACUCCAGCUUCUCCAAGUCCAGAGAGCAGCAGGGUGCGUCUGGAAAGGAGCUUAAUAAAGAGCAGGAUGGCACAGGACCUGCUUCAUUUAGGAAAAACCAAUCAAACGGACCUGCGCCACCCAAAUUCUCAACCCCUGCUGAUCCCAAAAUGAGAAAUGAGCCGAACAACAGAAGGAAAGGCAGGCCGGAAAGACCCAAUUCAGGGUACUUUGAGCAUUCCCAGGAUGCAUUGGGAAAAAAAGACUUUCAGGAUGAAGGUCAGUUUGUUAAAGUGGGCCGAGUUUCAAACACGCCGCUUCCUAAUGGGGAUUUAGAACACACGAACUGGUCCAAUCAAACCACAGUUUUCAGCCCCGCCUCCAAGGUACAAUAAUAUGCAUAACCCCGUCCCCGAGAGAAGAUCUGGCCCAAUCAAAGCUUUGAGAGACUCCGUAGACAUAAAUAAUUAUGUGAACUGGAAAACGGGUGAUCAGUGUCUGGUCUCUUUUCUUGUAAUAAUGAUAUUUACUUGAGUGCAGUUCCUGAAUCGUAUCAAUUUGAACUAGAAUACUUGGAGGUUAGCCGAUUUUCAGGUGCUAUCUAAAAUAUCAUUGCACUGCUUUCUAAUGGGCAUUUAGAUCACAGACGAACUGGUCCGAUCAAACCACAGUUUUCAGACCCACCUCCAAGGCAGACUAAUAUGCAUAACCCCACCCCCAAGAGGAGAUCUGGCCCAAUCAAAGCUCAGAGAGACUUUGUAGACAUAAAUAAUUAUGUGAGCUGGAAAGAGGGUGAUCAGUGCUAUCUAAAAUUUCAUUGCACUGCUGUAGUUACGGUGCUGCAGUAAAGUUUCUUGAUGAGUACGCCACAAUGAUAGGAUAGUUUGCAGGCAUAUCAAUCUAGAAAAUAGCAACUUCUCAUUCUCAGUCUCAGUACUCUGGUUUAUUGGAUUUACUUCAUUUUGUUAAGUUAACUGGUUGCACAUGAUUCAUAUGGGCUGAAUUUAAACAAGCAAAUUAAAUUGAGUAAUGUUUAACAUUGUUUAAAUUCAGCUCAUUUACCUUUAAAAAUUUUUUAGUAAAUCCAGUGUAUAUAUUUUUUUAAUGUGCACUAUCUAGGUACAGAAGUAUCCAGCUUUGAAUAGGAAUAAUAUCGAAACUCUUGUCAUUUUUCGAGCAAGAUUCUAAUAGUCUUAUUCGAUUAAAUGUUCUAUGCCAAGUUAAAAGUGACCCAGAGAUUGUAUAUAUAUAUAAUAAUGAUUAUAUAAUGAUAAAUGCUCAAAUGUUUAACUCUUGAGGUGUAAAAUAAGCCCAUUUCCAAGAUAAGUGUGGUGUUCCUUUAAAAAAAAAACAAUUGUUUUUAGUGCAUCAUUUCUGGACUUUGUUUGUUUGUUUGAUUUGGGGCUGUCGUGAGACUCACUCUAUGGGCAUUUGCACAAGUGAUUUCAUAUCUGUAAUGACGGUGAUUUGGUUUCACGCUCGGGUUAUCCUGUGUGAGGUUAUCACUCGCUUCGUGCACGGUAAAAAGGAAACAACAAGUUGUUUGUUGUCAGACUUACCAUCUGAUCUCUGGCAAAAGAGAUGAAAGAACAACAUAUCUGCAGUGUGUGAUCUGUGUGUGUCUGCAUGGGCGACAGUUCGGAAGGGCUCGCAGCACAUCAGUCAACCUGGACUCUGCAAAACAGCUGCUGGACACGGUCACUGUUUGUAAAGGACUUGAUUUAAAUGAUUAUAAAAGUGCUAUGCUCUUUUCUUCAACGC